AUCAAAAACCACCCGAAAUUGAAUCUGGUCGGAUCUCCCGACGAUAUUGGGACAAUCGAUCAUACGCGAGGCUCAGCUAGGCCUCCCUCAUCCUUAGGCAGACUACCUAAUCAGGAAGUUCCACGUGGCAUUAAUCCAAUCAUGAAGAAAAUAUUCAUCCAACGGUCACAUUCGCUUGGAAUUGCUGAUAGAAACAACGCAGACGCAGCCAACUAACCAGAUAAAAUUGUCUGUUCCUUCCUUCUCACACGCACUUUCUUCCGGUCUUAUUGGUUUCGAGAUUAAGAAGAAGAAGACCAAGGUGAGCAGAUAUGGCUUUGGAAGUUAAAGCACUACCGUUCACGUUUGUUGCACACGCGCUUGCGAUCGCUGGUGCGAUUCUGGUAUUGGUUUGGUGCAUACACUUCAGAGGUGGCUUGGCCUGGGAAGCUUCCAACAAAAAUCUCAUCUUCAAUAUUCAUCCUGUUCUGAUGCUAAUUGGCUUCAUCAUCAUAGGAGGCGAAGCCAUUAUGAGUUAUAAAUCUCUUCCUUUGAAGAAACAAGAGAAGAAAUUGGUACAUUUGGUUCUGCAUGCCGUUGCACUAAUUCUGGGUAUAAUUGGCAUCUAUACUGCUUUCAAAUAUCAUAAUGAGAGUGGCAUUGCCAAUCUUUACAGCUUGCAUUCAUGGCUUGGCAUUGUGAUCAUUGUCCUUUAUGGCAUUCAGUGGAUAUACGGGUUUCUUGUAUUUUUCUUCCCCGGAGGUUCAACUACAGUUAGGAGCGAGUCCCUGCCUUGGCAUGUGGUAUUUGGGGUAUUCGUAUAUAUUUUGGCAGUUGCCAAUGCUGCUUUAGGGUUAUUGGAGAAGCUCACAUUCUUGGAGAACUCGGGACUUGCCAAAUACGGCUCUGAGGCCUUACUCGUCAACUUCACUGCUGUGGUUGCAAUAUUAUACGGGGCCUUUGUUAUGUUGACUGUAAUUGGUCAGGGCCCGCCGGCGGAAGAUGAUUAUAGCUAUACGGCUAUAUAGGAUAUAAUAGAUUAUAGAUUUUCUGGUGGCUGGACUUUAGUUGAAACUAGAAGGUGUAUUGUUUGUAUUUGAUCAUGUUGUCUAUGUAUGAGAGUGGCAAUUUAAUUAAUUAUCAAUAAUGUCUUAGCUA